AUGAUGGACGGCCCACCCUUCGCCAUGCACGGCAGCUCCCACCAAUUCCGGGAGCAAUACCACACGCUUCGACGACCCGACCCAGGGAGCCUCGAGCAACAGCUGGCUAAUCGCAGCCAUCUUCUCCGUGUUCUGGGCGAACCCCGCCAUGAUCAACCGAUCCACACGGAUGACCAUGACUGGACCCUGGACCGCGGCCGCCGCACCCUGAGCGUCCGCUUCCACGAUAAGGGCGGCCGCAACAAGCUGACACGGACACUGUCGAGGUCGACUACCAGAUCCCCGUCAAUAACUCGACCGACAUCACAUCUAUGCGCGCUCUAG